AGUACAUCAACAUAUGAUCAUAUUUGAACCGCCGUCAACUCUAGAACCGGAAAUAAACCCAAAUAUUACCUGCUGCUUUUAGAACCCUAACCCUAACAUCAAUCCCCAAUUUUAAUUCUUGACAUAGGAUCGUGUAUACAUCUUCGAAUUGAUUUGAAAUUAAGGAAUGGGAAAGAAGAAGAGAGCGUCAGAUAAGGUUUGGUGCUAUUACUGUGAUAGGGAAUUUGAUGAUGAGAAGAUACUGGUUCAGCACCAGAAAGCCACACACUUCAAGUGCAGCUUUUGCCAUAGGAAGCUCUCCACUGCUGGUGGCAUGGCCAUUCACGUCCUCCAGGUUCUCAAAGAGCCUGUCAACAAAUUUUCAAAUCACCUAAAGUUGCCAGCUCAAGUGACUGAUAGCCUUUCCAGGAGAAAGCUAGCAAUAGACUAUCUACUGUGUAUCAUUUUAGCUUUGGAAGAGGAGGAACGUUUGCAUGCUGGAAUUUACAAUUAAAUUUGAAAAUUUAAAAUGAUUUCUUGUUACAUGGUACCAAAUGCCAAAGCAGGCAUAGAAUCAACAGAUGUUGAAAUAUAUGGAAUGCAAGGAAUCCCACCGGAUGUGUUGGCUGCUCACUAUGGAGAAGAAGAGGAUGAGGCCCCGACGAAGACUGCCAAAGUGGACAUCCUAUCAUCCCAGUAUGUUGGUUGUAUGCUUCCAGGAUCAAUCGCUGCUGGUUAUCCUCCCCAGGCAACUUUGGGCACAGUAUCACCACUGUAUGUUUGCAUGGAUAUACUUCCCAUCUUUUGAAAUUUCCUGAUGUUUAAAGAAAUUUGGAGGGUUUUGUUCAUUUCAUAUGCUGUUCGUUAAAACUUUGGACAUAUAGCUUCUUUUCUAGUAGCAAUGAAAUUAUGUGGAAUCGGUGAAUUACCCGAGAAGCUUAAAAUCAGAAGUCAGGAGUCAUUCCAUGAUCAAUAUUUCUUCCAUUCAUAUAUUUUUGGACCACAGAGUAUGUUCUGAGAAGAAGUUCUGUGUUUUUUUAGAUAGAAUAAAAUGAAGAUGAACCUCUAAUAUUCCCAAAAUGAGAAAAUUGUUGUAAUACAAAGAAAACAAUGUGAUAUGUAUUAAUAGUCAAGAACGAAACUAAUACUGUGAAGAGACAAUCUAUAGCGAGUUAAGUGCAAAAUAAAUCUUCAUUUUGUGUGGGUAGAUCAGGAAAAGGUGAGUAGAAAACACUCACAUUGAGCUAUUUCUUUUUCUUUCAUUUUUAGUUGAUUUCUGAUCUUUGUAAUGAACCUGAUCUUGUUUGUACUUUCUCAUUUCUAUUCUUGUCUUUAAUCUCCAU